CCAGAAUGUACUCUACUAUCUCUGAAUCAAUUCAGUCAUAUGCCAUCGGCUUUGCGCGGCAGUCUCUUGAAGAGAUCGCAGCCCCACUGCAGAUUAUUUCUCGAACCGAUGGCGAGGACAAAGUGCUGUACGAGGAUAAAACCAGACCAUCAGAUCAGGUCGCCGUGGUUUACGUCAACGAUUCGAAUUUCUGGGCCAGAAUUCUCUCGGACUUCGAUCUGGGCUUUGCCGAAGGGUACAUGCUUCAGGAGAUUGACUGCGAGAACCUGAGCAGAAUAUUUGAUCUCUAUAUCCAGAAUCCUGGCACUCUUGGAUCCGGCAGUUCGCUAUUUGGCCUGGUCCCCCGACUCAUACGAUGGUGGAGGCCCCAGAACAACAUCGCCAAUGCACGAUCGAACAUCUCGUCGCACUACGAUACAUCCAACGCCCUUUUCUCGGGGUUCCUAUCGUCAGACAUGAACUAUUCCUGCGCGCACUGGUCAGGCGAUCCGACCGAGUCCCUUGAAUCUGCGCAGCGACGAAAAGUGCAAUGCAUCCUGAAGAAAGCGCAAAUCUCGUCCACCCACCACCUGCUAGACAUCGGCUGCGGCUGGGGCGAUCUAAUCAUCGAAGCAGCCCGUCAGACAGGCUGCCAGGCCACUGGAAUUACACUUUCCGAGGAGCAAAAGACCCUCGCUGACCAGCGGAUUCAGGACGCCAGACUCCAGGACCGGGUCCGAGUCUUGCUCUGCGAUUACCGCCACGCGCCCUGCCCAGAAGGGGGCUACGAUCGAAUCAUCUCCGUGGGGAUGUUCGAGCACGUCGGGCCCCAGUUUCUCGACACGUACUUUGACCAGAUCUCGCGGCUGCUCACAUCCCAGGGCGGAAUUGUCGUGGUAGACGGGAUCACCAAGAUCCACCCGUUCCACGAAACAAACCCGCGGAUGGGCGACUACAUCGACCGCUACGUCUUUCCGGGCGGGUAUCUCCCCACCGUCAACAUCCUGCUGGACUCCAUGCAUCGAGCUACCAAGGGAAGUCUGGAAGUCUCGUCCAUUAUCAACACGGGUCUCCAUUACGGAAAGACUCUGCUUGCAUGGCGCGACAACUUCCUCGCGAACUGGCAUGGGAUCCGAUCGGACUUUUGCGCGAGACAUCCGGGCGCGUCGGGUGUAGAGAUUGAAGCGUAUCGGCGGAGAUGGUUGUAUUACUUUCUUUACUGCGAGGCUGGAUUCCGCAGCAGAAUCCUGGGGAAUUAUAUGAUUUGUGCGGUGCGGACUCCGGAGACUGUUGUCUCGUAUGACAUGCUUGGGUCGGAGUGGUAA